AUGAAGGGCUUGGGUCUCCAAAGAAAGAGCAGUUUGGGUAUCUGGGAUCCUGCGACCAUAGUCGAGUCCGACAACAGCGACCAGGAAGUUGAGACCGUACAGAAGAAGCACAACUCCAUACCCCAGAUCUUUCUCGAAAUUGAUGGAGAACGUCUAAGUAUUCCUGAUAGCUUCGAGAUGGAACGCAUUCACUCGAAUACGACGAAAUUUGAGACAAGCAGCACCUAUGCCAUAGAAUACCUCUGUGUAGAGCUCACUGCGUCGCUCAAUUCGCUCGGCCCGCUUGCGUGGGUGAAGCUCAGCGAAGAGCAGGACUCAAUCUUCGAGACAAUCAGCGUGCAGUCGGCAGCGAACAAUGUCAUCAACCUUGAGGUUCCGCUCACAUCCCUUAAUCGCGCUUUGAAGUCGGCACUCAACGCGACGUCGGCUCAUAUACGCCUUACGAAAAAGGACAAUCUGCCUAUGCUCGCCCUCACUAUCGUUACCACCACGUCUUCGAACACGUAUAGCGCAUUCCCUGCCGCCACGGCAAACAACGACGACGGGUUCGAUGCAGCAUUUGAUAACGACUUUGGUGCGGGCAACCGCGAGACUAUUGUCACCCAGGAGAUACCCGUGCGAGUGCUUCCACCCGACACAGUAGCACAUUUGCACGAGCCAGCGUGUAGAGAACCAGACGUGCAUAUCAUACUGCCACCUCUGAUGCAGCUCAAGAGCAUCAGCGACAGGUUUACCAAAAUAGCUUUGGCAGAUACAAAAUCAAGCAGCGCGGCCUCCAGGACACGGUUGGAAGUGUCGGCGAAUAUGCAUGGCUGUCUUAAGAUGAGCAUUAAAUCCGAUGCCAUGAAUAUAUCGUCUGUAUGGACGGACCUCAACAAUCCAGAGCUGGAUCCUGGCCAUGUUGCUGGAGGUGAAAAUGGUAUCGCAGAACAUCCGAGUACGCGUAUGAAGCAGCUAGGUUCGGCUGAUGGACGUAGCGAGGAGGGUUGGGCCACGGUCCGUAUCGAUGGACGUGAAUGGGGCAAGGUCAUGAGUGUAGGCAGACUGGGUGGAAGAGUUAUUGCGUGCUUCUGCCACGAGCACGCAUUGAUUCUUUAUGUAUACCUCCCCAAUGACAACGGGGACGACGAGUCAGUUCUUACGACUGCCUAG